CUCGACAUUAUGAUCAAAUCCACUGCACACAGAUUAAUGAAAGAAUACUUUUACACGGCAGAGAAGAACCAAAUUCACCUUGCAAGCUGCUGCUGCCCACGCCGCCUCCGCCGCCGUAUGAUAUCGACAUUAUGAGCCCCCUCCAAGAGGAAUGCGGAAACGCGAUCGAUCGGGAGAGAGGGAGAAGCGUGGAGAAGAAAAGAAAUCCUCCUUCCUCCUAUUUAUUUACUACAACAGCAGCAGGAAAAAUUCCCGCCCAAUCAUCGUAUGACCAAUACGUCGACGUCUCGCUUAAGAUGCGGUGUAGAUGGAAAACCGCAGGUCCCAACUUCCCACUAAAUCAUGCACUCCUGCACUAGCACACCCCAGGGGAACGCAUUCUUAGAAGAUGUGGCAAUGAAACAGAGAAGACAGAGAGCCUGUGGGAACACUGCCGCUUGAGAACGAAGAAGGUGGAGGGAGUCGUUGCCAGAUUACUGUUCAUCAUCUUCGUCGACAUUUGACCUAGCGGAGUAGUAUAUGUCACGAUCGAUGACAUCAGAAUGUCAAGGAUGAGGUGGAUGAAGAUAUCCAAUAUAAUGUUUUGGAGGAAGAUUUUUCCAGGGGCCAUGCUAAUCUUCUCUACAUCAUCCCAAUCACAGAUAAUGAAUUAAGGUAAAUUUUUGAUAUAAUUUUUUAUUUUCAAGUUCUUUCAGGCUUGAGGGUGAGGCAAAAAUUUGAGAAAAAGUUGAUGGACAAAUUAAAGGGCCAUAAGGAAUCAAAGGUAAACCAAAAGGUUCCUGCCAAACUAAGACAUGUAAUCACAUUGAGAAAUUUGAGCAACAUGGAUGACUUCUCCAUAUUUCUAUUUUUGUGUAGAAUCUGAUGAGAAAAGAUUAAAGAAGAUAUAUGAGAAAAACUAGACUUACAAAUAAUAUAACAGUAAGAGGGGACUAAGAGCAACAAAUAAUAAGCCUCACAUACUUAUUUCUCAUAUUUGGAUUUUCAAUUAUAAUGUCUAUAUCAAACUGACUUAUAAGACUCUGAAUUUAAAUAUUUAUGUGAGGCAUAUAAGACUUCAACAAUACUGUGACAGAGAGUUGUAUGUCAUGAUGGCAUCAGAAUGUCUAAGAUGAGUUGAAUGAAGCUGUCAAGCGUAAUCUCAGAAGAAGAUUCUGUCAGUAGCAGCAUCCAUGUUCAUCAAGCCAACAAUUUUUGGCUUCACAUUAAAGGAUAUCCUAAGAGGUUACUAUAUUUGCCCCAUCAAGAUCAGCUAUUUAUCUUAAUGUAAUCCUCAAAAAUUUUAAAAGGGUGCCUCUCUCUCUCUCUCUCUCUCUCUCUCUUCAUAGGUAAAGUUUUCCAUGUCGUAGUGCAAUGUAAUGUUAUGCAAUCAAAUACCCCAGUACAUUUUUACUGUAGAUGUUUAGUGCUCAUAUCCCAACAUUGGUGCAAACUAUUAGCUCAUCCCCCUAGCUUUUUCAAAUCUCAUGUGUGUGUAUAUGUGAUUUCAAAUCUCAUGUGUGCUCAGACCCCACGUUAGUGUUGUUUGUAUCUUUUUAUUCUAAAUUUUCCGAGAUUCCACGAGUGAUAUUUUUGAUAGGUUUAAGAUUUCUUAAAACACAAGAACUGCGAGUACCACCAUAACUACAUGUCGAGAGAUGAAUCAGAAUGAUUUCAGCAUUGUAUUCGGAUUUGGAGUUUGAGCAUUUGCUUUUAUAGUUGGGUUUGUUAUAUUCAAAGCUACUUGCAAGAGAUUUAAGAGUGCUUUGGAUUGAAAGAGCAAGGAAGAAGUGCACGUAUCUCGACAAAGCAACCUCUAGAAUUUGCAGCUAUGCCGGUGUCAUUAUCCUUUCUUUAUUAUACGGUUUGUCUGGGCCUGCACUCUAUGGAAUCUACCUAUCUAAUAAAAUCUACCUGUCUAUCCAUGUAUCUUUUAUCUAUUGAAAGGUUAGCCCUCUGAAUAUGGUGAGUUGAAUUUUAUGAAAGUUAAAUCAUUUGGCAAAAUGGAUUUCAGCCAAAUAAGAAAGUUAAAUGCCAUGUUAAUCUUUCUUUAUUUCUUACUUUUUCGUAGGUGAANAAAACCCGACCUUUUCCCUCCAAAUCCACGUUUCUGGUUCAGACAUGACAACAGCAAUGAAUGCCCAAUCGCAGUGGGACUUCACCUGGUAAUCUACCUCUAUCUCUGAACUAUGUUCACAUGCUAGCCUAAUCUAAAUUGUACUGUAAACAUCUGGUUUUGUUAUUUGUUUGGAUGAAUGGGAAAGUUGUUUCCUUUUUUUUUGCAAUUUUCUAUUUUUGAGAUUCUCGUGAUUUCUCGUUUAAUGACUUGGUGUGUUGUGCAAAGUGACUUGGAGGUGAAUUUUGGAUCUCAAGAAAAUGUCCAAAUUAUUUAUAUGGCUCUGUCUGUUGAUAAGGAGUUGCAGCCUGAUAAGGUGAAAAGGGUAAUGUCAGCUUCAGAUGGAAAGCUCCUAGUGCAUUUUGAGGCUAUUGAAGCUAGAUUCCUUCGCGCAUCAUUCAGUGCUUUUGUAGAUGUUCUUACUCUUGCUUCAAAGACAGUUGAAGAAUUUGGUCUGUUUAAGAAAUUAUGAUAGAAGAUGCACAACAUUUUUGGACCUGAUUCGACUAUACUGGGCAGUUUUUAUCAUUGAUGGUGAUCUUGUAUACUUGAGUAUCUUUUUCAAGCGCUCUUGAAGUCCAUGCUUUGAUUUUGUCUUGCAAUGGAUGGCGAAAGGCAAAAUCUUUAAAGCAGAUUUAGAACUUCACUCUCUACUUUUUACAUGUCUAGCAAUUUAUGAAUUCCAAUGGAACUUUAAUUGUAUUAAAUAUUUGCUUUGCUGAUUGUAAUUUACUUACCUCUCCAAUCUAGCAGUUUCUGUGUAUCAUUCAUUCAUCACACUUUGUUCAAGACAAUCCACAUUGCACCUUUUAUCUCUACUAGUUAACAGAUUCACAACAGUGCACAAUGGGCCCUCAAAUGUUACUUCAUAUCAUUAAAUCAACUUAUCAAUA